UGACCGGAACGUUAGUGCAGAGCCGGCGGUAUAGUUUGUAGUGGGUAUAGCCGAGGGCUGCACCGUUUACGUGUGUUGUGUGCUCGGGUGAAAUAUUUCCGGGUGAACGUGGGCCGGUUAGAUGGCUGCUUCCAAGAAUGAAGGUGGUAGUGGCGGAGGGAAGAUGAGUGGCGAUACGGAGUCUCUUUUGCGUUGGUGUCAGGAGGAGCUAGUUCGGAAGUUCAGCCUGGAAGUGAAUGAGGAGCUGAUUCAAUAUAUUCUGUCAAUUGAGAGUGCAGAGGAAAUUGAAGAUUAUGUUGCUGACUUGAUUCAAGGGACUGAAGGGAAGAAACGUAUUUUCAUUGAUGAGCUUCUGAAGAGGUGGAAGAAAUCACAAGAGUUACUUGCUGCUGGACAAGUGCAGUUGUACAGAAAAAAGGAUGAGAUUCCAGAUUCAUCGAAAGCAGGUGACCAGCUCAAGAAGUCCAAGCGGAAAGGCCGGAACAAGCAAGAACCAGUGCUUGUGUCAGAGAGCCAGCAGCCAGCAGAAGAGGUUAAAACACCCAUAGAUCUGGUAAAGGCCCAGGAGGCUAAUUCAACAUCCAAGAAAAAGACUAAGUACUUGUCCCUGUAUACAAAGGAGGGUGAGGACAGACUUGCUGUCACUCUUCCUGGUCGUCAUCCCUGUGAAUGCUUAGGACAAACUCACCAACUAAUCAAUAACUGCCUGAGUUGUGGCCGUAUUGUCUGCAUGCAGGAGGGAUCGGGUCCCUGCUUGUUUUGUGGAGCGUUGGUCUGUACCAAAGAAGAGCAAGAGAUCCUUGUCCGUGAUUCAAACAAGAGUCAGAAAUUACGCAAGAAAUUGAUGGGGACCACAGAAAGAGGAGGGAAUCCUGACGUCUUUGAGCGGGAUCUGCUGCCUCAUCAAGAAAUGGCUUUGAAAGCUGGACUUGAAAAAGCUAUUAAACACAAAGACAAGCUAUUGGAAUAUGACAAGACCAGUGCUCGGCGGACCCAGGUAAUUGACGAUGAGUCUGAUUACUUUGCUGCCGAUUCCAACCAGUGGCUGUCCAAACAGGAACGAGAGGCAUUGCGUAAAAGAGAAGAAGAAUUAAGGGAGCUCCGGCAUGCAUCCCGUCGAACAAAACAGAUCACAAUAGACUUUGCUGGACGGAGGAUCCUUGAGGAUCAGGGGUCUUUAGAUCAAUAUUAUAGCAGACUGGAUGAUCUAGUCCAAGAAAUGAAGCCUGAAUCUCAGAAUAACAAUUCCAGUGAACAGGUCAAAAGAAGCAAGCAACACUUGGGCGAAUUGGUUAAUCCCAAUAUUGUUGAAUGUGUUCCCAUUUAUGUGGAACUGACAGGAGCAGGUGCUCAUAGGAGAGGGGUUGAUAAUCACUUGCAGAACAGAGUCAGUGACGUCGCCUCUGAGCGGAACCGUUUGAGGAUUCAGGACCGAGAGCUGUUGGAGAUGUCUGAUGACGGGAUGUGUCUCAGUAUGCAUCAGCCUUGGGCUUCCCUACUUGUAAGAGGCAUCAAAAGGUAA